AUGACACAGCUGCAGUCCCAAGUAGGCGCACUGAAUGGGCUACCAACCCCUGAGCCCGAGAUUAGGUUCAAGAGUGAUAUUUCUGACGAGCAAAGAAUGGACUUUGGUAUCAAGCAAUUGAAGCUGGAAGUGAAGAUUCCUGAAACUGAUUUUCCCACAUCGGGGAGUAUCUGCCAUGUCCGCGAUGUGGCACCAUAUAUGGAGAAUUACGACUGUCCACUCCAUCCAUCCCAGUGA